AUGGAAGAAUCACAACGAAAAUUGAACGACUCUAUUUCCAACAUGGCUGCAACAUUGCAUCGAGAUUACCUUCGACGAAUUUACGGUGAUGCAUUCAAUUGCUCAUUUCGAUGCACAGAGGAUCCAACGAUGGAUCCUUUGAAAUUCAGUCAAUGCGUGGAGAAAUGUUCAUCGAGAAUCAGCAACGCCGAACAAGCGAUGAGUCAAGAAAUGCAAACUGUUCAAGAUCGACUAAUGCGUUGUAUUCGCAGUUGUGAAGAUAAAGCAAAAGAUAGUGGUGAUAAAGAUACUAAUCGUCUUCAAUCCGGUUUUGAAUCCUGUGUGGUGAAUUGUGCCAGUGAAAUUCAACAACUAUUGCCUAAAAUUCAAAAUCGUAUCAGUGACCAAUUGAAACGAUUUUAA